AUGCAGAAAAGUAUUACCGAUAUGGUACAAAAACAAGUGGAAAAGGAGAAAUCAUUAAAGCGAAAGGAACGAUCAAUGUUGAAAACGUCAGCAACACGAGAAACAAGUGAGGAAGUGACAACAACAGAAAUGAAACUUGAAGAACUUGAUGGAAAUACUAUUUUGAAAAACCUCAAAAUUCCAAUGCCAGAAAACCCAAUGACAUUUGAAAACUUAAGGGAACUGACGCCCAAAAUAGAACCUGUAGCAAGUGGAAUGUCUGAUCUUCAAGAAACACUAAUGAAAUUCAUUACAUCUUCAAAAUCAACGGAGCCAAUUCGAGAAAAAAGUUUGACGCCAAUUAAGAAGAAGUCUCCAAAAAUCUCAAGAGAACCAACUCCAUCUAACAAUGGAACACCUCAAAAGAUAAUGCCGUCCAGCAGCAAUAUAGAGUCAAUCACUUCAGAAGUUUCCGAUCGGAUUCCUCUAGAAGUGCCAUCCAAUUCACAUAACGUCAACCUAACAGAAAAACAGCGGCUUCCACCAGUGUCACUUGAUGUUCCUUCCACAUCCGUUUCAACUGUAAUACCCCCAACGCCUGCAAGCCAAGGAAAAGAUGUAAUGCAACAUCGCCCAGAAAAAAUGGUGACGACGUUGGAUCAAGGAACACUACAAAAUUUCAACUCGCUGAAAUCCCACAAAAGUCUAACCGGAGUUGAUUUGGUAGCUGUGGAAUCAGAAGCUAUGAGUUUACCUCACAGCUGGAAUCAACAAAAAGUAAUGAGAGAAUCAGUUUCUUCUAUAGGAUCACAUCACAAUGUUAGCCCCACAACGUCCCGACAAUCUUCAGAAACAGAUUCUUCAUCUUCAGAAGGCAAUAGAAGUUUCGAGGCACCACUAUUUGAUGCGUCUGCUUCCGUUUCAAAAAGCUGCCAAAUUCCGGAUUAUAUGAUUCAUCGAGAUACGCCACAAAAGAUAUUUAUUGUGGCCAAUGGUUUUCCUGCUUACUUCGACGAAUUUCCUAGCAGACGUCAUUGA